GAUGAAGGCGGAGGCGGGUGACCACUCCAUGAUCAACCUGUCGGUGCAGCAGGUCCUGAGCCUCUGGGCCCACGGGACGGUGCUGAGGAACCUCACGGAGAUGUGGUAUUGGAUCUUUCUCUGGGCUCUCUUCUCCUCUCUGUUUGUCCACGGUGCUGCGGGAGUGCUGAUGUUCGUGAUGCUGCAGAGACAUAGGCAGGGAAGAGUAAUCUCCAUCAUCGCCGUCAGCGUCGGGUUUCUGGCUUCUGUGACUGGAGCAUUGAUCACUAGUGCAGCAGUAGCAGGCAUUUACCGAGUAGCAGGGAAGAACAUGGCCCCUUUGGAAGCGCUGGUAUGGGGCGUUGGACAGACUGUACUGACACUGAUCAUCUCCUUUUCAAGGAUCCUCGCCACACUUUGAGGUUUCUGUGGAAAUGUCUUACUUCACAUAGGAAACGGAUGUACAGAUUCUCUGAAAAUGGCUUUGUUCGCAAGUGGGAAUGAAAUUACACAAGAAUCCUGGAAGGAGCCAGUCGGAACAUAAGGCCUUGAGCUGUGUGGAAAGGUUGCCCUCUGGUGUUCAAGUGAUUGCACUACCGCACUGCACCUUACGUGCCUCCAUCCCAGGCAAGGCGAAGUACACUAUGAGAAACUUCAAGAAAAAGCACCUUGUUUAGCUGCCAAUCAGGUUAGCACUGGUGUUGAAUCAUCGUUUUUAACAGUGUUGUGUUUAAGUUACAGGGACAUUUUGAAGAAUUGAUAUAUGUGCCAAACUCUCUUCUUUUUUUAUAAAUUGGUCAUGUGACAAUUGCAAGUGUAGUUGUAGAUGAGACGAGUGCUGUGAACAUGUUUGACAUGAAUUCAGGUCAUGUAGUGAGACUUUGUUUUGUAAUGCUAAAUCCUGUGUGAGUGCUGAAUACCGACUCGUUUACUAGGAGAUAAAUUAUUUUUAAUGUUGAACGUUUCUGGGAUUUAGGGCUUUAAUAUGUUUAGGCAUUAUUGUUAUUUAAUUUAUGUGGAAACUUAUACAUAAUGGAAAACUAGCUAAAAUCUUUUAAGGACUCAAAGUAGAUCUAUAGGGUGCAUCCUUUUCACCCACUUAAAUAACACUUUUAAUAGUUUCCCUCAUACAUAAAUGUUCCAUUGAUAUGAAUUAAAACCUUAAUGGGUAACACCUUGAUUGUAGUUUGUGUGUCACAAAAAUAUACUUCAAAGUUUUUCUUAUAAAUUUUGUUAGAAAAGAAGUCUGAAGUGCAUGUGCAUUCUUUACCCCUCUAAAGGAAGUUUUGCCAUGAAUCUCACAGAGGAAACAUCUUCAUAACUGUAUUUCAGUGGGGUGAUAUCACUUGGUGCAUAUGUCUUGACUUUUGACAAAGUGUGAAAUCUUUCAUUCUGGAGUAUUAACUAUAUUUAAAGAGUGGCCUAAAUUAGGCUGUGAAAACAAAAAGCCUCAUUUGUAGAUAAGUAACAGUAAGUUAUCUAGGGAGAUUAAUAAACUAUCUUACUUUGGGUAUGAGGUAACAAAAUUUCGCUAAGUAAGAAUUGGGGAAUUUAGUAAAUUCUGAAAUUUGACAAUUCAUCUCAGUAUCAAACAGUACUGAAAUAUGUUUGAGUGAUUAAUUUAGUUGUUCAGUUCUUGAUUUAUGCUGUUAUUUAAGUUUGCUAGAAUGUGAUAAUACUAGAAAUGAAAAAGUCCUUAGUAUAAAAUAUUUUAAGAGGUUUUGGCAACAUAUACUUGUUUUUAAGAGUACAGGAAGUAAGGGAAACAGAACCUGGUUGAAUUAUCUCUUACUGACAUUUUUUAGUAUACGACGUACAAUUAUAAAUGUUCUUAUUCAAAGGAGAGCCAUUGUGGAGAAUGUGAAGUUAAGGACAAUCCAUUAAAACAACCUGCACCCUCCAGCCUCACUACUUCAUAACCCGAGUGGGUAACAAGCAGUUUUCUAUUGGGUCCCAUUCAAAUUUCAGACCUUUGUUACCCACACCACUUUCCUUCACCAAAAAACAGAAGUCAGCUACUUAACAGUGAGGACUUGGUGGGGGUGGUACUUUCACCAGUAGGGAAGCCAAUUUGGGGGAUUUUCUAAUUCUGUGGUUUGGAAAUUUGAUUAAAGACAAUAAGAACAACAACUGGCACCUAUGCAUUCUUAGAGCUCUUUGAAGUAAAUCUUAAAAUGGAUUUUAAAUUAUGUAUAACCCUGAAAUUAUUUUCAUGUGUUCUUUUUAUUUUUGAUGUUUUCCAAAUUAAAUUUAGGCACAAAUUAAUUUGAUUUCUCCGUUUCUGUUAGACUUGAAUUCAGUGUUCUUUCUUUACUUUGGCUGUUCUGUCAGUAAUUUAAAGUGUUUUUAUUCGUUGAGAGGAAUUACCAAUAACAUAUUGAAGAUGUACAAAUGAAAAUGUUAGCAUAUGGCUGUGUUGUGCUUUAAGAAAGUUAUUGUGGAAAGGUAAUAUGGAGCACAUGGUUCAGAAUCCAAAAUCAACCAGAAAAUAACUUGGACAUAUAAAUAUGUGAACGAGUGGACCAAAGAGAUUUAAACUCCUGUUUUUACUCUAGAAUGGAAGUGCAAUUGGACGGUUAAUAAUUAGUUAGUAGAGUGUCCUAAUGUCAUUAUCGAGUUGCUUUAUGUUAUGAAUUUGUGUGUGUGUGUGUGUGUACACUUUUAACUUGUGGGGGAAUUUUUGGUUUCUUUGCUGUUUUCAGCUAUUUCCAUUGGGAUUUUGUGCAACUGUCACUUUUUUGAUGUUUUGAAAUACAGUUGAAUAGUGAAGUGAUGAAAUUGUCUUAAUAGCUGUUUCUAUGCUGAGAUUUUUUAAAAGUUAGUGGUUUUCCUACAGAGACAAGAAACAUUUAAUGAUACAUAUCUGCACACACAUAUAUAUCAUUAUAUAUGUAUAUACAAAGCUGCUGUGUGUGAAUGGAGUCUAACUGGAAAGCUUCUGCUCAGUGAACACGCCCAUGCUCCAGUGGAGAACUUGUUCAGAUGAAUGAUCUUUUAAAUGGGUUUGAGGAUGUUUGAGAUUUUUUAAUUUGGGAAGAUUUUUCUUGGUUUAAUAGUGCUGGAGACCCUUGUUUUUGAUAUGACAAAAGCCCUAAUUGAUGUAUGUGUGUUACACCUCCUUAAAAUAUGUACGUGGUUUAGCAGUAAAUUUUCUUAGUGAUAAAUGCAGGAAGGACCAGGGAAAUCCUCUGCACUUUACACAUCCUUAUUUUUUUAAAAAUAUGUAGUAAAAUAUUGCUGACAGUGAAAUCAGUUCCCCAAAGAAGAGACUCCUGUAUGCCCAAAGUAAUUAUUAUUUAACAUACUGGCUAGAAAUUUCCAUAGGCCAGAGUUUAAUCAGGGGCCUCACGUGAACUACAAAUAAUGCUUAAAACCUUUACAUGCCAGAGGUGCAGAUAACCUGUCCCGUGGGCUGAUGCCAUUGGUUGUCCUGAAUAAGGGAAGCUCUGAAUGAAGACUUUUUCAGUGCUUGCAGCUUAAUUGUCCUUACUUUAGGUCUCAGUGUUUACCAAGCAGUGUUAUGGUUUGUUACCCAAGGUAUUGAGUAUUUGCAGCAUUUAGUAUUUUCACUGCCCUAAAAAGUGUAAGGGUUUUAUUUGUGCUUUAAGGGAGAAAUAAAGAAGUGAGCUGCCCUGUUUAGCAUGUAUUUGUGAUGUAAGGAGCAGGGGUGAUUUAAAAUCAAAGAACAUUGUUGGAGAAGAUCUUUAGAGAACUUCAGUUAAGGUGAGGAGAGUGGGGCUGACAUGUUAGCAUGCCCAAGCAGACACUUACAGACCAACUAACUCAAUUUUUUAGACAUUUUUGGUGGAUGUACUAUGUACAAAGCUGUACCAAGUAUUUCCUGUAGAAAGUACAAGGGUGAUUCAGAUAGGAUUCCUGCUCUCACCAGGCCCAGUUCACCAAGAGUUAGCAAGAUGGUUUUAAAUCCUAGCAAGACUGGGACAACAUUUUGCUUUCUGAUUCUAGUUGAGAGUUCAAGUCCUGUUCCCCCCCAUUCUGAUUUUCCCAGUUAAUCCAUGAAAUGGAGUUUUAGUAACUGAGGUACCAUUGCUGGGACACAGUGAAGAGAAUAAAUUUGAAGCCAGGCCCUGUUACUUGUAGACUUUUUGUUAAUGAAUGGCAAAGCAGUAAAUGUUGGACAGUAAAUGAUAGUAGAAUUUUUUAAAUUACAUUUUGGAAUGCUAAUUAAAUACGUUGUUUUGUAACAUUCAUCUGUUUUCUUUCAUUUCCACAUUUUCCUUACAUGUAUUUUAAGAAGGAAAAAUUAAAACUCUCACACUCUUGCUUCCUUUA